AUGAGUAAUAAUAAUAAUAAUAAUAAUAAUAAUAACAAUAAUAAUAAUACAAAUAAUACUGCUAGUAAUAGUACUAGUUCUAGUAAUUCAAGCAAUGGUAGUAAUGGUCAUUCCACGUCACAAAAUAUUAGGGGUCACCAAUUGACACCAAACCAAUCGGCAAUGCUUCAACAGAAACAAUUAAUGGAAUUGGUUGCCAAAUUUAAACUUCUUGUAAAUGAAGCUAAAAAAGUAGGAGAAAAUACUGCCAGAGGUAAAGAGUUAUUGAUGCAAGCCGGUAAGAUAAAACAGAUAUAUGAUAAUUUUAAUAAGCAAAGACAACAAGCAAUUCAGGCGUAUAAAAGAGCUCAAAAUCAAAUAAAUUCCCCAAGGAAUGAAAAUUCAAUUUCCAAUAAUUCUGCUGAUACAGACUCUAAGGCAGGCACUAAUUCGACAGCAAUGGUUACAGCACAGUCCCCUGGCGUGAAUAACAAUAGGGCUAUUCCUAAUAGCAUGAGUAGCGGAAGUAAUUCAAAUAGCAGUAGUAAUACUAGCAAUAGUAAUAUUUCUAACAGUAGUGGAUCUAAUAAUAAUCCAGCAACAAAUGAAAUUACAAAGUCAAGGGUAAACUCAAACAACAACAAUAAUAGCAAUACUAAUAAUAGUAAUAACGCUAAGAAUGGAAAUCAAAAUAAUAGCAAUGUUCAGUUGGCAAAUUAUAUUAAACAGUUAUUAACACCUGAACAAAAUAAACAAUACGAUCAAUUAGUUACUAAUUUUCAAUUAAGAGCUACUAAUAUUAAAGAAAAACAUGAUUUUUUAAAACAACAUAUUUCUAGAUAUACUGCUGAAUUGAAUAAACCUAACAUUCCUGCUUUGGAUAGGGUGAAACUGGAAAAGAAAAAAGUUGAAUUAAUGUCAAAUUUGAAAGCUAUUAGUAUUCAAUACACAACGUUAUACCAAGAAUUCCAAAAUGGUAAGAAGUCGUUCUAUAUUGCAUGUGCUAGACAGAACCCUAAUUUGCAAAGACUUUUGCAAAAAACAUCACAUCAACAACAGCAACAACAGCAACAACAGCAACAAUUAGCCCAACAACAACAGCAGCAGCAGCAGCAGCAGCAGCAGCAGCAGCAGCAGCAGCAGCAGCAACAACAACUUCAACAACAACACCAACAACAUCAAGAUCAAAAAGUAACAGAAAAUAAAAUGUCAGAAUCAGUCUCUCAACGUAAUGGUAUUAAUCAAGACUCAAAUUUAACUAAUUUUUCUCCAGGUGUUUCUGGAAUUAAUACAACUGGUAUAAACGAUGAUAAAAAUAAUGCAAUUAAUAUUAGUAAUAAUAUAAAUGGCAGUAUAGACAGUAAAAGUGAAAGUGAAAUGAGCGUUCAAAAUAAUACUAAUAUAAAAGAGACUAAUACUACUAACUUUUCAAAUGUUAAUAAUGAUUCUAAUAUAAGCAAAUCUGUUAAAAGCACUAAAUCAGACCAAGGGCAACCAGUAGAACCUAUUAAAAGUCAAUCUCAAACAGGAGCCACUACGGAUGAAAAACUUACAUCUCAAAGCCAAGCUGCAUCAUCUAAUCAAUCUAAUAACUCAAAUAGCACAUUGGAUGCUUCUUCGGGUCAGUCUAACUCUCAGAAUAGGCAGCAAUCGGCAAUUACUAAUGUGAAUGCAGCAGCUUCGACAUCUUCAAAGAGUCUUACUAAAACUAUGAAUAUAUUUAAACAAACUGAGCCACUUCUUCCUAUUUCUGAACAUCUAACAACCAAAAUUCCAGAAGCUAUACCAUAUAGAAAUAAUAGGCCAACAUUAACAGGCGGUACAGCCAUGAAUACAAGUGUAUUAAAUACUCCGGUAUUAACUAAACUGCCGCCUUAUGAAAUUGAUACCCAGCGUGUUAUGCUGAAAAGAAAGCUUAAAGAAGUUGUACGGAGUGUUGGUGUUGAUGAUGGUGAUGGUGAAACGGUUAUAGGCGGUGAUGUUGAAGAAGCAUUAUUAGAUUUAGCAGACAACUUUGUUACAAGUGUUACAACAUUUGCUUGUAAAAUAGCGAAGCAUAGAAAAUCUGAUAGUUUAGAUGUUGGUGAUAUUCAAUUGCAUCUUGAAAAAAAUUGGAAUAUCAGAAUUCCAUCUUAUUCAAUGGACGUUAUUAGAAGCUCUAGAAAAUGGAAUCCAACUGCAUCUUAUAACCAAAAAUUGAAUUCCCUAAACCCUGGAAAAGGUAGUUCUGGGAAGCAUUCACAUUCUAAUAAUAAAUCAAGUACUUCAAAGAUGAAAUAA